AUGGAUAAUGAAUACACCCACACUCACACCCUUCUCGAUGUCACACUCACUAAUGACAAUGGCUACUUGACAACAUCGAUUUUUCAUAAAUCAGCCACUGAACCUUACAUACUGCCAUAUACAUCUGAUCAUCCUCGACAUGUUUACAAUAAUAUUCUAUAUGCAGCUCUGUUAAGAGCAGCUCGGAUAUGCUCAAAUGUCGAAGAUUUUGAUAUGGAACGAAUUCGUAUUGAUUUAUCAUUGCUAUUGAAUGAAUACCCGCCAUCGUUCAUUUCUAAACAUUUCAUUCGAUUCUUUGAAAUUAAUAAUGCUAUAUCAGUAUUAAAUAGUCUCAAUCCAGAAGCUUACCAUGCAUUACAUCAAAAAUUACUGCAUGAGCCGACUCGAUGUGAGAAACAAAUACAAGCAAAUGAUGAAGACACUAAUCCAAUGCCAGAUGUACUCAAGAAAAAAAAACCUUGGGAUCCUAAUUUUAUGUAUGCAAAAUACAAUUAUGAGAGUGGACCGAGGUCAGUGUUUCAACAUAAAUUUCGUACAUGA